AUGGCUGCGCCCUCUCCGCAACUUGCGGCACGAUCCUAUGGAAUCAAUGCGACCUACAUCUAUGAGUACUCUCGGGGACUGGGAGGUGUUGAUGUGCCUCGCGAUGUGAUCAUCACCCGAAUCAUCUAUUUCUCGGUCAUCAUUCUGGCAUUCGUUUUGUUCUGUAGCCGAAUCGCCCUGAUCAGCCAUUCCUACCUUCGUGAGAUCACCGCUUUGUCAGCUAGCAAGAGAGAACAGAACUUUUGGAGCCUAGAACAAUCUUCAUGGUGGCCAUUCGCCAAGAAGCAGAUCAUCUAUGCACCCCUGGGGAAGAAAAGGCACAACCGAGAAGUCCAGCUCUCCUCUGCAAUCGGCAUGGGGACCUUGCCUUCUCGAUUCCAGACCAUAUUGAUAAGCUUCUACCUGGCAAGUCAGGUGGUUUACUGUCUGUACCUCGAUUAUGGUGUUAAUGAGAAAGCUGCGCUGGUCGCAGAGCUCCGUGGGCGCUCGGGGACGCUAGCGGUCCUGAAUAUGGUACCACUGUUCCUCUUGGCAACCCGUAACAAUCCUCUCAUCGCUAUUCUGCACAUCAGCUUUGAUACUUACAACCUGAUCCAUCGCUGGCUGGGUCGCAUCGUCGUGCUUGAAGCCAUCACUCACACAGCUGCUUGGGCAGUGAACGCCUGCGACGAACAAAAUCUCACCGCCACGCUCGUACGCAUCAGAGACACCCCAUUCUUCGCCUGGGGAAUGGUCGGAACUGGGGCGAUGAUCUUCCUCGUCUUACACUCUCCUUCGCCUAUUCGCCAUGCGUUCUAUGAGACAUUCCUUCAUCUUCACCAGCUUGCCGCAUUAUUGGCCUUCAUCGGUGUAUACGCUCACCUGAGUCUGGAUAGUCUUCCUCAGCGGAGCUGGGCCCAUGCCAUCGCGGUAAUCUGGCUCACGGAGCGCUGUAUACGCCUCCUCCGACUCGCGCACCUGAACCUCUCAUCCCGCAAUGGUAGCACAAAGAUGACUGUCCAGGCCCUUCCCGGCGAAGCAUGCCGAGUGACUUUCCACCUCCCAAAGCGCGUGAACAUCUCACCCGGCUGCCAUGUCUUUGCCUAUAUUCCUUGCGUAUCAUGGUGGAUGUCACACCCCUUCUCAAUAGCUUGGUUCGAACCCGGCACAAAUGCCAAAGCCGUCACACCCUCAGCCCUUGAGAAACAAUCAUUCGAAACGGACACCUACUUCGAUCCACCUACCCAAACGACAAAAGUCUCUCUCAUCAUCAGUGCCCGCCAAGGCAUGACCCGCCGCCUAUACGAUCUCGCCCGCAGCAAACCAGACCAAAUCCUCCGCGCUCCGGGGUACAUCGAAGGUCCCUACGGCAGCCACCCAGUUAGCAUGCCCAGCUACGGGACAGCCGUGCUCUUCUCCGCCGGUGCAGGCAUUACGCACCACCUGCUAUACACGCGCGACCUCCUCGAACGCGCCUCGACAUCACGCGCUGCCACCCGACGCAUCUAUCUCAUCUGGUCUGUUCGUUCAACUGAUCACCUCGCCUGGGUCAGCCAGUGGAUGGACCAGAUCUUGCGCAUGCCCUGCCGUCGCGACAUCCUUGUCGUCAAACUAUUCGUAUCGAAACCACGACGCCCUGCAGAUAUCAUCUCCCCGUCUGCGACGGUGCAAAUGCUAUCGGGUCGGUGUCGUCCCGAUGUCGUGCUCGAUGAGAUUCUUCCUAAACGCGUGGGUGCGACUGUGGUUUCUGUCUGUGGACCUGGAGCGUUCGCGGAUGAAGUGCGGGCUGCGACAAGAGAUAGAAUUGGGAAAGGGGCUGUGGUUGAUUUCACGGAGGAGGCCUUUACAUGGUAG